CUGACCAUGAAAAAGUUUCUCAAUCUACUGUUGUAAGAAUCAAGCAACGCAAGAAAGAAACGGGUACCUUUAGUGACAAACCAAAGCCUGGAUGCCUGAGACUACUUACUGGCUGCUAUGAGCGAAAAGUGUUGUGGUAUAUUCCAACUGGAGAAUGUACCAAUGCUGUUUCUGUUCAAAAAAAACUAAAAACUGAUGAGGGAAUUAUUUUAUCCAACUUUUUUACAAAACCUGUAAAGUAUAAAAACUCAAGUUUUAAGUAUAAUGUUCUUGAAGCUUUUAAUUUAAUUAAAGCUGGAGUUAUCGAAGAAUUAAAUGCUCAAUCGGAAAACAUAACCGAAGAUUUUCAUGUUAG